GGCUGGGUAUUGUUCAGAUCUCGCCGGGCGAGUGAGCAAGAGUAGAGAGGUGAAUAUGGGGAGAGGGAAGAUCGCAAUCCAAAGGAUCGACAACAGGACCAACCGGCAGGUGACCUUCUCCAAGCGGCGCAGCGGGCUCAUGAAGAAGGCCCGGGAGCUCGCCAUCCUCUGUGACGCCGAUGUCGGCCUCAUCGUCUUCUCCUGCACCGGCCGCCUCUACGAGUUCACCAGUUCCAGCAUGAAACCAAUAAUCGAACGCUACCAGGAGGCAAGAGAGGACAAUAAUUGUCGAUUGUUAAAUCCAAUCUCUGAGGCAAAGUUUUGGCAGAUGGAGGUUGCAACUCUCAGGCAGCAAGUGCAGAACUUACAAAACAACAAUCGUAAACUAAUGGGAGAGGAACUCUCUGACUUGACAAUUAGAGACUUGCAGUUUCUCCAGAGCCAAAUUGAAAUUAGUUUGCAGUCGGUCAGAAAGAAAAAGGAGCAGCUUUUAGCGGAGGAGAUCAUGCAACUCAACAAAAAGGGAAUUGUCCUUCAAAAGGAGAAUGUUGAACUUAAAAAGGAGGUUAGCAUUGCUCAUCAGCACAAAAUAGAGUUACAGAAGCUCUCUGGGGAAAGCACAUCAUCAGGUGAUGGUGACCAAGAAAGUGGAAGCUCUGAUAAAGUUCCUAGUAGAUCAACUGGACAUGAUGCAUCCGAACAUAUUAACCUUGCUUUAAGCAUAGAAGGACAUCCAGAUGAAUGACACCUGUGCACGAAAUCUACAAAUACAAAGUAAGGGAGAUGUCAUAAUUUAAUAAUAAGGAGCCAUUCCAAAGGACAAAGCUUGGCCCUUCAUCGAUGCUGUUUGUGUGGGAAAUUAACUUCAGAACCUAGAUUUUAUACUACUUUGUUUUAUAAGUUUAAGUACAAUAAAACAGUGUGGAUUACAUUAGGUACUAUAAGUGAAACUUUUUUUUUUAAUACUUGGAUUGCAAGAAGGGGGUUAGAGAAGGUCACAUUUGAUAGUCACAUUCUCUGUACUGUAUUAAGUAUCCAUCUCAAAGAGGUGGAUGGGGGUUUUAUAUCCAACUCAAGGUGGAUGUGUUUAUAUCAUAACCUCCUUAAUUUACUAUAGUCAUUUCAUUAUGUUGCUAUAUAUAUUUUGGAUUUCUUA